AUGCCACAACUAAGUGCUAAUUGUGAUGUAGUUCAAAUUAGUCAGUUAUUCUCUAGGGCUAUACCAGCUCUCACUAACUGGUUUCGUGACCUUUCUGUCCCAACAGCGUUUGCUGACACAAAACUUGCUUUGGAACUGGUGCCCCGUCGUGGCGCGGAAGCCGUGGACCCAGAGGAGUUGAGCUUGGUGGAUCUGUAUAGAGUUCAUGUGGAGAGCGCCGAGAGAGCAGCAGCAUGGCUCGGAACGAUGCGUCGCGCCGGCGGUUCCGGGAGCAGCUUCAACUCCGGGACUCUCACCAGCACGCAGACCCCCACCACUGCGCAGUCGCACUACCUCAUGUGCAGUAUGCGGGACUUCGGGCACACGGCCGGGGGGGACGAGGCCGAGCUGUUGCUAUGGUUACACGACGCGAGGCGCUCGCAACCGUUGUCCGAGAGAUUCCGCGUUCGGAUAGCGAGAGAUGGCUUCUCCAAUUACAUAGACAGGCUUCAUGCUAAUAGCACGCUCUUUGCGGACUUAUCUGCGACGGAUCUCUCUCGCGAACUAUGGCUGGUGGCGUGGGUGAUUCGUGUCGGAAGGUGGUCUGGUGCUGGCAGCAUAGGCAGCGGUACAGGGGAGAGACGUGGGCCCGUAGCUAGGAGGCCAUUGGGGGCCGGCGUGCUACCGUUGGCCGAAUUCUUGAGGCAACUCGAGCAGCCGUCUAUGGAGAAGGAGUAUACGUUUAAGGUGUACCAAUGCGAAGAGAAAGACUUUCAUCAACUUCACGACUUGCUCAUACGCAAACAAACGAACAAGUGCAAUAUCUUACCGGGCCAGCCUAACUAUGGUAUCGUAGUCGCUCUGAGACUGCUCACGAACCAAGGCAGCAUAUCCGAAGCUGUAGCCUCCGGCGCAACUGUUACAGCAAAACGGGGAUUUCCCGAUGUGAUAAUGCCGGGGGAUGUACGUAAUGACCUCUACUUGACCUUAGAGAAGGCGGAGUUUGAGAGGGGCGGGAAAAGUACAGCGAAGAAUGUCAUGGCUACAGUCAGUGUCCAUGAUAAUACGGGACAGGUGAUAACUGAUUGUGUAUGGGGCGCAAGCGGGAUUGGUUCGACCUCUUACGAGUCGCUAGUCUUGUACCACAAUAACAGUCCGGCGUGGGGAGAGCAGUUGCGUUUGACAGUUCCUCUAGAGACGUUCACUCAUGCCCAUGUUCGGAUCGAAUUUAGACAUUGUUCCACCCGAGAUAAGAACGAAAGAAAACUGUUCGGAUUUUCGUUCGCGCGUUUGAUGGAACCCAGUGGAGCGACACUCCGAGACGGGGCCCACGAGUUGUAUGUUUAUAAAUGUGACGAUCCAACAAAGUUGACACCAGCCAGUUAUCUAUCACUGCCAUCUUGCGGGAACGAUAUGAAUCGUGCGUCUGCUUCAAACGGAUUAGUUGCGUCCUUCCCGAGGAGCACUAAAGAAAACUGUACAAUUAGUACUGUGCUUUGCUCUACAAAAUUAACUCAGAAUGAGGAUCUCUUAGCGCUUCUACAAUGGCGUGCCCACCCGGAAAAAGUACAAGAAACGUUGUUGAGAGUUCUUCGCCUUGGCGACGGACUCAGCUGCGAGGAAUUAAUCAAGUUCCUUAGGGAUGUACUGGAUGCGUUGUUCGCUUUGUUCUCUACUGAGGAUGGCAAUAGCACGCCGCACUCCGGAACAGUGUUUCUGGUCCUUGUAUCAAUAUGCAGUCUUCUAGAUGAGAGUCGCUUUCAACAUUUUAGGCCAGUGCUGGACGUUUAUAUCGAAGAACAUUUUUCAGCUGCGCUUGUAUACAAAGGUCUUCUAUCGUCGGUGCAACAUUGCGCGGAGUGGGCUGCAGGCGCUGAGGGUCAAGAGCCAAUACGCAAAUGCCUCAGAUCUCUCGGUGCCGUGUUCAGAUUGGCUGUGCGAUCUCGUUGCUUGUUCGCUCGGGCGACGGGCGGACAGUAUGAAGACAGCUUUAGAAGGGACGUUAGGGCUGCUCUACACGCCUUGAAAGCGUUAGCCCAGCAUCCGCAUAGAGAGCAUUUGGCUGCUGCGCAGGUGGCCCUAAUGACGUCAUGGGCGAGUGUAGCAAAGGAAGUAUCAUCUGCGCUUGGUCCAGUUGAAGCAGCCAGGAUAUCCGCAUCCAUUCUUGAUGCAUUUGCAGCCAAUGUGCCCGCUCCUUUAGCUCGCGCUAGACUCGCUGCCGCACAAGAAAUAUUGAAGGGACCUUUGGGACAAGAACCGGAAGCGCGAAACAUAGUACUCACGACCGCGUGCCACCAUCUACGCGUACAUCUCGCUAGACGCGAUGAAUUAUCCCAAUGUGCGGAUAUGCUGGGCGAGCUAGUUACGCUCCUCUGGAAGAAGGAAGACCCUGAGGAACAGCUGGAUGAUGAUGAACUGGACCCAGACGUGGAUGUACUCUGCUUGAACACGCUUGAUGUUCUCGUGGAAACAGUUCUUCAUCUUAUUGGUGGAAAUUCGCCUGUUCUUGGCUCAAUGGUGGCUGGUCUACUCGGUGUAAUGGAAUUAUUGAAACCAGCUCACUACCAACGUUUGUGGAGUCACCUUGCACCUCAUCCGCACGACAGGAAACCACUAAAGGACUUCUUGAUGCGCGCUUUUCUCGUAUUCCGUCAUCUAAUUGAACAAGACGUGUUUCCCUCAGAUUGGAUGGUGCUUCGCGUCCAAAGUUGUAAAGUGCUGUUAUCUGCUUUACAGGAUCUCGCAAAGCCCCUACUGGAACGAUUUCUAGGAGACGAACCACCGCAAUUCGAUUCUCAACUCUGGUCCGGAUACAUGGAGCUAGGUGUAGCCCUUGUUACGUCUAGUGCGUUGCAAACAGAACGAUGGACUGGUAAAGGACCAGAUAGAGGUGGUAUGAGAGCUGCGGCUGGGCUGCAAGUAUUAGCUGUUUGGAGUAGGCUUGGAGCAGCUCAGUUGCAACUAAUAGGAGCCGCUGUAGGGGCUCUUUUGGAGAUAACUCUCGUAGGCGAAUUACGUAGAGCAGCGCUAGGAGCACUAGUAGCGCUCAUGGCUGCGGAAAGAGCAGCCACCGGAUCAGCGAGGCGCACUGAAGCCGCUUUGGUUGAUAAACUUGACUCUUUAGUCGCUGAUAAUAAAGCUGACGAUCAUUAUAGACGGCUGUUUGAUACUGUGCUUAUGGAGCGCGUAUCAACGGAAGGUUGGCGUGAAGCCGGCGCGGCUUUUGUUGGCUGUGUAACGAGAUUGUUGGAGAGGCUUCUAGAUUAUCGGGCUGUGAUGCAAGGGGCCGAACAUCGGGAUAAACGGAUGUCUGCUACUGUGAACCUAUUGAACUUCUACAAGAACGAAAUAGACCGCAAGGAAAUGUACCUACGCUAUGUGUAUAAACUACACGAUCUACAUAUCGCAUCUGAUAACUUUGUCGAGGCCGGCUGUACACUGCUGUUGUACGCCGAGACUUUAAACUGGGAUAGUGAUCAAAUCGGAGUUGACUCUGAACACCCCGAAACGCCGGAAUGGAAGAGAAAGGAGGCGCUCUACAAUCAAGUAUUGCAAUACUUUGACAGAGGAAAGUGUUGGGAGAAAGGUCUACCACUACUCCGUGAGUUGGCCACUUUGUAUGAAGUGAAACUCUGUGACUAUGCCCGCUUAGCACAAUGCCUGCGGACACACGCUACAUUCCUAGACUCCGUAUUGAAGGAAUUAAGGCCUGAGCCCGAAUACUUCAGAGUCGGAUUUUAUGGGAAGGGAUGUCCAUUAUUUGUAAGGAACAAACAGUUCGUGUACCGCGGUUAUGAGUACGAACGUAUAGGUGCGUUCACGCAGCGUCUUCAAGCCGAGUACGUGUCCGCUCAUAUCUUGAUGCGAAAUACGCCGCCAGACGAGUCUGUUAUCGCUGCUGAUGGUCAAUAUAUACAAAUAUGUAACGUAAAACCUGUGGCGUCGGUCCAUUCCUGCCCAACCAAUGCGCCUGAGCAGGUGAAACGAUUUUAUGCGUUCAACGACGUCGAUACGUUUCUUUGCGAUAGGCCUUUGCAUAAACCUCCUAUUGAUAAGGAUAAUGAAUUCAAGAGUCUGUGGAUUGAGCGUACAACACUAGUAACGGAAAAUACAUUACCCAAUAUAUUAAGAUGGUCCGAAGUAAUUACGAGAUCGGUUGAAGAAAUUCCGCCCGUGGAAUUUGCAUGUGAAACAAUGGAAUCGACAGAACGCGAGUUGCGCAAUCUAAUUUCGCAAUACACAGCUGACCCGACGCGCAACAUCAAUCCGUUCUCAAUGAGAUUACAAGGCACGAUCGACGCUAACGUACAAGGGGGGAUAACGAAAUAUGAACAGGCGUUUUUGACUGCGGAAUUUAGUAGAAACGCAACGCCGAGAGAAGCCACAGCCGCGGCUAAGUUGAGACGGCUCGUGUCGUCACAGCUUGCGGUGUUAGAAGCAGCGCUGGGUCUGCAUGGAAGGUUGGCACCUGAAGAAGUCAAACCGCUGCAUAGACGUCUUGUCGAAAGAUUCACGCAGUUGCGACAGAACUUGGGACCGGGACUGGCGCGUGCAAGACGACAGCUCUCUGAGAGUAUAGUCAACACACCACUACCUCCGGUCCCAGCGCUGGACAAGCGAUCUCACAGCAUUCAACAAAACGAUGGUUAUUAUGAUGAGUCACAUCUCUAUAAUAAACCAAUUUAUUCCGUAGAUGACGUUUUGGAACAGCAAGCUAGUAUAAUGUCUAGCAGUUUGCCGGCGAGCGAUGGGCGAGAAUGUGAAGAUGCUGUCUCUAUGAUCAAGUCGGCACCGCCCUUACCUUGCCGUCCUAAGAGUGACCCACGAAGCCCUACCAGGCCGGAGAAGAUUUAUCGUGACCCAGUAGACGAAGAAGUUGAGACACGCAGACACAGCCGAGCCUCCUGGAGUGAACACGACGCACCGCCGUUGCCACCAAGAGUGUCUGGUGAGAAGAAAUCGUGGGGCGAAGCACCCGCAGUACCACGGCGUGCGGCGCGAAGUGCAGCGGUGACCGAUGAACGGGACUCCGGGGUCAGCAUAGAUGCGCAUGCGUACACAAAUGCUGACGAUCAUCGUCAUAAUGACCUGGAUCUUGUCGAGUCUCUCCGAUACGACGAGAUAAUAUCAAUGAUGUCGGAGCCCCUACGAGUAGACGAAGGGGAGACUCCGCCCCCGAUACCACCCAAAGGCCUAGGGCACCUCAGCAGCUUUGAUUCUGGGCACCAUGAAAACGGCGAGUCACAUUGCUAA